AUGCCUCCUCGAAAGUAUAUGUCUGGACAUGAUAAGCGGAUAAAGAAACAAAAAAUUGAAGAAUUCAAUCGAUCUCAAGCGGGAGCACUUGAAAAAUUUAUUACUUGUAGUAGAAAUAUAUAUUCUAAUAAAGUUCAAGAUUCGGUGAAUGUUGAAAAUGAGCAACCUGAAAAUCAAGAAAGCGAGGAUUUGGUUAAUGAAAAUUUGAAUGAGAAUAGAAAUUCCAUUGAAGAAGGUGAAGAACAUGAAUAUUCUAAUGAGAAUAGAAAUUUGAAUGAGAAUAGCAAUGUAAAUGAACAUGAAGAAAAUGUAAAUGAACAUGAAGAUUUGUUGUUCAAAAAUGAUGCAAACAAAAUUCAAUUGGCAAAUGAUGGAGUUAGAGACUGGAGAAAUCUCAGUGCCAGACUUAAAAAUCAUGAAACAAGUAGUGAACACAUUGUUAACAUGAAGAGUUGGAUUGAAUUAGAGAUCAGAUUACGACAAAAUGCGACAAUCGAUAAAAGUGUUGAAGAACAAAUCAACAAAGAACGAGAACAUUGGAGAAAAGUACUAUUGAGAGUAGUUGCUGUUGUGAAAACACUUGCUAAAAAUAGUUUGGUAUUUCGUGGAGAUAAUGAGAAGCUUUAUGAAGAAAAUAAUGGAAAUUUUUUAAGUAUAAUAGAAAUGAUUGUCGAAUUUGAUCCAAUAAUGAAAGAGCAUGUUCGUCGAAUUCAGGAGAAAAAAAUUCAUUAUCAUUAUCUUAGUCACAAAAUUCAAAAUGAAUUUAUUCUUCGAAUAGCAGAUGAGAUCAAAAGUUUAAUCAUCCAAAAGAUUAAAGAAGCAAAGUACUUUUCUGUUAUUCUUGAUUGUACUCCGGAUGCAAGCCAUGAAGAGCAAAUGUCACUUAUAUUAAGAUGCGUGGAUGAUACACCAGGACGAGGACUUUUUGAAGAACUUGUAAAUAUUUUGCAAGAGCUUAAACUUGAUAUUGGUGAUGUAAGAGGACAAUGGUAUGAUAAUGGUUCUAAUAUGAAAGGAAAACAUAAAGGUGUACAAAGAAGAUUAUUAGAGAUAAAUCCUAGAGCAUUCUACACACCUUGUGGUUGUCAUAGUCUUAACCUUGCACUUUGUGAUAUGGUAAACUCUUGUUCGCAAGCUUCAUCUUUUUUCGGAGUGGUGCAGCGCAUAUAUUCAUUGUUUGCAUCUUCUACAAAGCGGUGGAAAGUUCUUACAGAUAAUGUUAAAGGUUUCACACUUAAGCCACCAUCACAAACUCGUUGGGAAGGUCAAGUUGAAAGUGUUAAAGCAAUAAGAUUCCAAUCUCCAGAUAUAAGAGAUGCUUUGAUUUACUUAGCAAGUUAUAGUGAAGAUCCCAAGACAAAAAGUGAUGCUAAGUGCUUAGCAACAUAUGAAAUUGAGAAUUUUGAGUUCUUACUUGGUAUGGUUAUUUGGUUUGAUAUUUUGAAUGCUAUUAACAAAAUAAGUAAAAUCAUGCAAUCAGAGGAUAUGCAGAUUGAUGUUGCUAUAGACCUUUUAAGAGGGCUCAUUUCUUUUUUUGAAAGCUACAGAGAAAAUGGAUUUGAAGCAACUAUGGUUGAGGUGCAGUUAGAAUGA